AUGUCAUUGGAGUCGAGCGCUUGGUCGACCCAAGUCGCCGGAUUGAAUAGGAGUCCGUCCUGGUUGGAUAACAGUCGGUUUUCUAUCGUCUCCGGGACCGACAGCACGAGGAGCGACCGGGCCGGACCCGGACGCGUGUUGGGAAACGCCAUGAGCAGGGGAGGGGGCGCUAUCACGAAGCUUCUGGCAGCAGCUGGAGAACGUCUGGGGAGAGGGCCAAGUGCUGCAGUAGCCCGCUUCCUGACCCGCUUCCUACGCCGAUCUCUGGACACAGCGCAGUUCGAAUGUUGUUUCGACACGCAACACGUCGUCUACGAGGACCUCCGUGGUUCACGACGACCACCUCAGUGUUCGCGAAUCUUGGACUAUUUUCGUCGAUUAUCUUGUGUACAGUGCCUGUCCCACUUACAGGAUGCUCUCCUUGGCCUACCAGAGGACGGUGGCAUUCUUCUCGAGUCCGAAGUUGACUCCAAUAGUAGACGAUUGUUCCAGGGACUGUGCGAGAGGCUGAUUGAUGCUAUCCGUCACGAUGGCGCUGUUGAGAAUGUGCUCGCAGCUGUGUACUACCUCGCUGCAUUCGCCGAGUUGUUGGGGCCGCAGUGUCGACUUCAGCUGCGCUCGAUACACAAGCUCGAAGCUUGCUUGGAAUACAGGAUCAAUUCCACGAGUCUCGUCGCCGCAGAUCGCUCGCCGUUAAUGCAAGCCCUGAUCGAGCUGCAAUAUCGAAUGCAAGGGGCCACGGCAAUCGCUCUGUCACACGGUAGCGUAAAUAUCCUUGACUCGCUGGCACUGGACAGCCGCUACGCUGUUUUCACCCACCGACCAGCCCUCUAUAUCCGCGCGAUGGAACUGGAAAUUGCUAUUGAUUCGCUGUAUGACGCGUUGCAACUUGUCAUGGAGAAGGACGAAACAGCUAGCGACGACGUUCUGGAGACAUUGACUCAGCUGUGGUUCCAGUCCCGUCGCAUUCCGUCGUGCCUGCCAGUGCUUGACUUGGAGCACUCUGCUGAAAAGAUUGGAAACGAGCCAUCGGCCGUAUUUAGUCACGACUUUGCUGCGACGGACGUCCCUUACAGAAGGCUUUCUAUCGCACAAUUCUCAAGUGGCGACAACUCGAUCAUCCUCACGUUGUCCCGCUUCUUGGACUCGAUGCCCCUCACGUUGAUGCUGCCUCGU